UGUGCUUGGGAAGGGGUUGUCUUCUUCAACAGGUUGCUGGAUUGGCUGGCCUCUUUCCAGGAGCAGCAGGAGGCCUUGGACUCUGUGCCCAGCCUCAUCGGUCAUGGGAUCAACAGAGACAACAUGGAUGCUGCCCUCCUUGCCCUCUCUCUGAGCAUAGAGACAUACCAGCUUCAACCCGGUUGCCUGGAGAGGUUCUUCAAUGAUGGCGAGACUCCUGAUCCCGACCUUCUCCCAGACCAUCUGAGUGUCCUUCCACACUGGACCCUGCUGCCGUUGAUGAGGGGGAAACUUUCCUCCUACAUGAUACACAUUCUGCUGCUGAGGCCAGUGAUACAGGCUGUCCAAGUGGAAGAUCCCAAAUUACCCAGUGGGAACAUCACCUCUCGGCCCAUACGGCAGGUAUUCUACGGGCUGCUGCUGGGUGAGAGGAGGGAAGUGGAGGAGUAUGACAGGGAAGGCACGGACCUGACCAGCAGCAAGGUUGAAGCUAUCCUGCCCAGUGCUGCACAACAGCUUCAGCUAGACACACUGGAUCAGGCUCCACAUUCAGUGCGGCAUGAGGUGUUUUUGGAGACCCUUGGUGUGUCCCAGUCCACUUUGAAUGGUCUCCCAUCUCAUCUGAAACUUCCUGUGGCUGUUACCUGCUACUGGCGGAGGCACGCCCAUCCCCAACCAGACCUUCCUCUCCUGCAGGCCCUGCUACUAGGACUGGUGUACGGAGAGCUCUGCAGACAGAGGAAGGGAGAGGAAGGAACAGAGGAGGGACCAGUGUUGGAGAGGCUGAGAGGGCUGAUUCAGAGAGGUGCUAGGAGUCUAGACCUGGGUGUGACCCACGCCUUAAGCCAAUGGAAGCGCUGCAUGAGGGAUGGCCUUGACCUGAACCAACUGCUGUGCUUCCCUCUACUGGAGCCUCAGUGUGCCUGGCUGUACAAGGGAUCUCUGGUGCACCAGCUUGUGGGCCAACUGAGAGGGGGGGUGACCCCGGAUUCUCUCCUUAUGGAAGACUCUUCCUCUGAGCAGCUGUACAGAGCCAUGCUGGAAGCCAUACUCAACUCCCAGGAAACUGAGACCUCUGGACAACCUGACGGCCCCUCUGCAGAUUCUGGCGCUGGAGGAUGA